GUUGAUGGACGUUUAGCUGGAAUAGCUUGUCUUUCUCAGUACCUACAUUAUUGUGUCUGGUGAAGUUUUUUCGUAACAAGUGCUCAGAUAACGUAAGCAACACAAUGAACCUUCUGGUCGCCGCAUUCCUGCUAGUCGUCCACACGCUACCCCCCACCUCCACAGAGUCCCUCCUGGAGGGUUUGGUGCCGGAAGAAAAUUUCAAGAAGCAUGGCCUCGCGCUCGAGGCCGUCUUCAGCAUGGGACUGCGCCUGCAGGCCAUCAUGGACACGUCGUCCAAGGGCAACUUCGUCGUUUCGCCGCUCAGCACAACCGCCAUCAUCAGCCAGCUGCUCAUGGGAGCAGACGGUGAAUUUGAAAGUCAACUAUACGACCUCCUAUCCCUUCCGAAACAGGUCUCCUUAUACAAGGUGACCUAUCGCACCAAGAAGUACAACGAGACGCAAGUCAUGCCGCACGCCAACUUCCAUCUGCAGCUGUCCAGCCUGGUCAAAGAAUUGCGAAAGAGGAAAGACGGGGAACUGUUCACGUUGAAUCUGGACAAUGCCCUGUUCUACAACGAGGACAUCGAGUUGAGGAGUUUCUUCAAACGCAGCUUGGAGAUCAUUUACGAUUCGGAUAUAAGGCCUCUGAAUUUUUACAAGGACAAUACUGCAAGCAUCAUCAACAAAUGGGCAGAACAACACACAAACGGCCUCAUCAAAACAGUCCUUCAAAACCCUCUUCCCAUCAGCACUGCCUCUAUGUUCGUCAAUUCCAUCUAUUUCCAAGCCGAAUGGGAAACCCCCUUCUCAGAUCUCAUAAACAUCGUUGACAACUUCCACACCGACGAAAAUGACACCGUAGAAGCCACCUACAUGACGGGACACAUCUCCAGAAUCUUGUACGCAGAAACCAAAGAUUACAGGGUUACAUGUCUUCCCUACCAAAACAGAGAGCUGGGGAUGUAUAUCAUCUUCCCCACCAGGGAAAACGAACACAAAUACGAUAUCAACAAAUUUUUGGAGCAGCUGAAGCCUCAGGAAUUGAUCCAGAGCAUAGUCAAUGCGAAGCUAAAAGACGUUGUACUCAGGAUACCAAAGUUGUCACUGUCGAAUACUUUGAGUAUAUUGAAGCCCCUCCAGAAGUACACUGAGUUCAAAAAAAGCGAGCAGGCAAGACAUCACAGCGAUAAUGCUAUAGACGAUGUCUUAGACAAAGUUAGCAGCUAUAAGAACUUCACAACCCCUCACCAAAGAGAUAUUCUUUUGACUAGGGCAGCUAGAGGUGAAAAUUUGAGAGUGUCAGAUAUAGUCCAGCAAAUGGUAUUCUCGAUCAAUGAGAAAGGUACGGAAGCAGCUGCCGUUUCACUGGGUAUCACCGAUUAUAUGGGUGGUUCGAAGACUGUGGUGCUAAACAGGCCUUUUGCAUUUUUCAUUAGGCAUGAAGCUACGCUCGCUACACUGUUUUGGGGGAGCAUAUCUGAUCCUUCAAAGAACUAGUGAUAUGAAUUGAGUUAAUUGAGUAUUACCCUCGGUAUUAUCUAACUCUGCAUUGUAAGCAAUGCAUAAUCUUUCGACUAUUAAAAAUCUUUUCAGUUUUGAAAAGGCGACUGAUACCUAUUCUAUUGAAUGUUUGUAAUGUUGAUACUCUUGUAUUUCAAGUUUUAUUUAUUGUAGUUUUAGGUGCUUACUUAAUAAAAAUAAAACUCUUUUACACUUU